AUGAAUCGUCUAUAUUCAGUUUCACCAUAUAUUCAAACAACAAUGGCACAAGCCAUGCAAGCAAUACUGACUGGUAGUCCAUUGCCACCCAAUUGUUUUGUUGUAGCUAUACCGAUGAACCAGGCACAACAAAUGUUUCCACCAUUAAUGAUGAAUUAUGAAACGGGUGGUAGUGCAAUGGCAUUUUCUCAACCAUCAUCAUAUUAUGGUCAGCUGUAUCAAUCACAAACAGGUCCAUAUCCAAAUAAUCAACAAUUAAAUGCUAUUUUACCUUAUCCAAAUCAUUAUUCACAAGGUUAUAAUCAAAACCGUAAUUAUCCUGUAAUUCCAUAUGUUGAUAAUAACAAUCAAUCAAACAAAAAAAAUCGCCAUGAUAAAAAAUAUCGUUCGGAACCACAUUCAAAUGUUUAUAAUUCAUCAUCAUUUGAUACUAAUAUGGAAAAUUUAAGUUGGAGUCGAUUAUUUGGCCACCAUCAUCAUCAUCGUCAUCAAUCAAAACCACGAAAACAGGAUCAAGGUGCAAUAGGUUAUGAACAAAAACCACAUUCAAUAAAACAAGAACAACAACAAAAACCAGCACACCCAGUUGAUUCUGUAACAUUAUCAUCAUUAUCAUCAACAAGUUCAUCAUCAACUCCAAGUGAUGAGUCUAUUCGACGAGUAAAUGUAUCAACUAAACAACCAGCUGCACUAUCGUCUUCAAAACAGCAACAAACAAAAGGUAGUUUACCAUUUAAAUAUUCCUCGGAUUUUGUUCCAGCUAAUGGAAAGCAACAAUUACAAAAAUCCAAUAAGCACGAUACAAAAGUUAAAGCUGAUGAUGUUUUCUUUGUUAAAACAGUUCAAAAAUCGCAGCCACCAUCAAAAAUAUAA